CUAACCUUCCCCUUCUCCUUCAAUCAAGAAGGAAGAGUAACAUCGGCCAUCUUGAGUUUCUUUUUCAGAGAAGAGCUCGUAGGAAUACAAUAUGAGUUCUCUGAAGCUGCAGAAGAGGCUAGCAGCCUCUGUUAUGCGAUGUGGCAAGAAGAAAGUCUGGUUGGAUCCUAAUGAAAUCAAUGAAAUUGCAAAUACAAAUUCUCGACAAAACAUUAGAAAACUAAUCAAAGAUGGUCUUAUUAUCAAGAAGCCUGUGGCUGUACACUCGAGAGCUCGUGUUCGUAAGAAUACUGAGGCCAGACGCAAAGGUCGUCAUUGUGGAUUCGGUAAAAGGAAGGGUACUGCAAACGCACGUACACCUCAAAAAGAUCUUUGGAUUCAAAGGAUGCGAGUUCUUCGUCGUCUCUUAAAGAAAUAUCGCGAGACAAAGAAGAUUGACAGACACUUGUACCAUUCGUUGUACAUGAAAGCCAAGGGUAAUGUGUUUAAAAACAAGCGAGUGUUGAUGGAGUUUAUUCAUAAGAAGAAGGCAGAGAAGGCUCGCGCUGAGAUGUUGUCCGAUCAGGCCGAGGCCCGACGCACGAAAGUCAGGGAAGCACGCAAACGUCGUGCGGAGCGCAUUGCCUCGAAAAAGCAAGAACUUCUACAAUCGUAUCAACGCGAGGAUGAUGCAGCGGCGGCGGCUGCAGCUGCGCAAAAGAAGUAAUUUGCGUGAAAAUAAUAUCUUAAAAUUAUAUAAAUAAAGU